GCAUGCGCAGUGCCCUCACAUUUCUGUUCCGGGGUCGACCACACAGUGUACAAAAAUCAUCAUUGUGUAGUUUUUCUCCUUUAAUAUCCACAUAGUUAUUACACGGACCAGGGGAGAGGGGGGAGUCCGGGGCUUCUUUGAUUACGGCACCGAGAGGACGUCUGUAAGGAUGAACUUCUUGAGAGGAGUGAUGGGUGGGCAGGCAGCCGGGCCGCAGCCGUCCGGAGCCGAGACGAUCCACAAGUUGUGUGACCGAGUAGCCUCGUCAACGCUCCUAGAAGACCGCAGAGAUGCAGUCCGGGCUCUCAAGUCUCUCUCCAAGAAAUAUCGCCUGGAAGUUGGCACACAGGCGAUGGAUCACUUGGUUAAUAUACUUCAAACUGACAGGUCUGACUCUGAAAUCCUUGGCUAUGCUUUGGACACACUGUACAACAUCCUCUGCAACGAUGAGGAGGAAGAGCAAGAUGAAUCAGAAGACGCAGUAACUCCCGUCUCUGCUUCAGGGAAGCCUAAGAAUGUUUCCAUGCCCGAUGAGACCACCCAGAAGCAGUCCGAUGACCUGGGCGCCCAGUUCACCGAGCAGUUCGUUCAAGACCCCGAGCAUGUGACUCUGCUUCUCGCUCUGCUGGAGGAGUUUGACUUCCAUGUGCGUUGGCCCGGGGUGAAGCUGCUGACUGCUCUCCUGAAGAACCAGGGGGUCCAGGUCCAGGGUAUCAUUCUGGUCAGCCCCAUGGGUGUUUCCAGAUUGAUGGACCUGUUGGCAGACUCUAGAGAAGUGAUUCGCAACGAUGGCUUGCUGUUGCUUCAGCAGCUGACCAAAAGCAAUGCGGCCAUUCAGAAAAUUGUAGCGUUUGAAAGCGCGUUUGAGCGUCUUCUAGAUAUCAUCACAGAAGAGGGCAGCAGCGAUGGAGGUAUUGUGGUGGAGGACUGUUUGCUGCUGCUGCUCAACCUGCUCAAGAACAACAGCUCCAAUCAGAACUUCUUCAAGGAGGGCUCCUACAUUCAGAGAAUGAAGCCCUGGUUUGAAAUUGGUGACGACAACUCUGGCUGGUCGGCGCAGAAGGUCACCAACCUCCACCUCAUGCUGCAGCUGGUGCGUGUCAUGGUGUCCCCAGUGAACUCUCCUGGAGCUACAGCCAGCUGUCAGAAGUCCAUGUACCAGUGUGGUCUGCUGCAGCAGCUGUGCACCAUCCUCAUGGCCACAGGUGUUCCUGCGGACAUCCUCACUGAGACCAUCAACACUGUGUCCGAGGUCAUCCGAGGCUCACAGGUCAACCAGGACUACUUUGCGUCCGUCAACGCUCCUUCAAACCCGCCGAGACCAGCCAUCGUGGUGCUGCUCAUGUCCAUGGUGAACGAGAGACAACCGUUUGUGCUCCGCUGUGCCGUCCUCUACUGUUUCCAGUGUUUCCUCUACAAAAACCAGAAAGGGCAGGGGGAGAUAGUGGCCACGCUGCUGCCCUCCACCAUUGAUGCCAACUCCAUCUCAGCGGGCCAGCUGCUGUGCGGGGGGCUGUUCUCAGCUGACUCUCUGUCCAACUGGUGUGCCGCUGUGGCCCUGGCUCACUCCCUGCAGGACAACCUCACCCAGAAGGAGCAGCUGCUGAGGGUCCAGCUGGCCACGAGCUUGGGGAAGCCCCCCGUCUCCCUGCUCCAGCAGUGCACCAACAUCCUCUCCCAGGGAGAUAAGAUCGUCCGGCGGGGCAGUAAAGUGCAGACCAGGGUGGGCCUCCUCAUGCUGCUGUGCACGUGGAUCAACAACUGUCCCAUUGCUGUCACUCACUUUCUACACAAUCAGGAAAACGUUCCCUUUCUGACUGCUCAGAUCUCAGAGAACUUGGGGGAGGAUGAAAGGCUGGUGCAGGGCCUGUGCGCACUGCUGCUCGGCAUCUGCAUCUAUUACAACGACAACUCGCUGGAAAACUACACCAAAGAGAAGCUAAAGCAGCUAAUCGAGAAGCGGAUUGGAAAGGAGAACUUUGUAGAGAAACUGGGCUUCAUCACCAAACACGAGCUGUACUCGCGGGCGGCUCAGAAGCCGCAGCCGGUCUUCCCGUCUCCGGAGCAGAUGCUGUUCGACCACGAGUUCACCAAGCUGGUCAAGGAACUGGAGGGUGUGAUCACUAAAGCAGUUCACAAAUCCAAUGAGGAGGAGAAAAAGGAGGAGGAGGUGAAGAAGACAUUAGAGCAACAUGACAACAUUGUAACUCAGUAUAAAGAGCUGAUAAGAGAACAGGAUUCUCAGAUCCAGGAGCUGAAGGAGCAAGUGCAGUCCAUGUCGUCUCAAAAUGAACAGAUGCAGACGACAGUGAGCCAGCAGCUGGCCCAGAUCCAGCAGCACAAGGAUCAGUACAACAUCCUCAAGCUGAAAAUCGGUAAGGAGAGUCAGUCUAACGGCCAGGUGGACGUCUCUCAGGUGAACGGGCUGCAGACGGAGGAGCUCACACAGCUCAGGGAGGAGGUGGAGGAGCUCCGCAAGCAGCACGCCCUUUUUCAAACACAACUCGAGGACAAAGACGCACUCAUCCACACCCUGAGGUCAGAGACCGUGGACGGUUCAGCAGGAGGAUCAGACGACACAGAACUGCUCAAGGAGCUGGAAGCUUUGAGGAGUCGGGUCCAGACUCAGUCUGCAGAAAUCAACCAGAUGAAGACGGAGAGACAAGAACUGCUCAGAAGAGCUGAAGCCGGGUCUUCCGACGGAGUCUCCGGCAGUGACGGCUCAUUAUUGGCAGAAGCUCUGGCAGCACAGACCACUGAGACGGAGAAACUCAAGGAGGAGGCAAAGGGUUUGUCAGAGAGCCGGGCGGAGCUGGAACAGCAGCUGGCUGCAGCCACCAGCACGGUGGCCAUCCUGCAGACGGAGAAGGCUAAGCUGCAAACCGAGGUCCAAGAGUCCAAGAAGGAGCAGGACGACCUGCUGAUGCUGCUUGCAGAUCAGGACCAGAAGAUCCACAGCCUCAAACUGAAACUCAAAGACCUCGGAGAGCCGGUGGACGAUGAAGACGAUCUCGACGGCAGGGACCAGACAACAGACGAGGAUGAGGAGGACGAAGACGAGGACUAGAGGACAAAACACUGAAAGACGAGAGAGAGAAGGGAAUAUUUGUUUGCCCACAGUCAAGAAAAGAAAAAAAAAACUUUGCGGAAACACACCUGAGAAACUGAAGAAUAGGACUAAUAUAUUGAUGCAGUUUCUCUCUCUAGCUGCCAUGAUCUCUUCAUUUUUCUUUACCCUCUUGUCACAUCACAUGUACAUGUUAGUUAUUCAGACUUUUUCCUGACGAUUGAGUUUUCGGUGACCGCGAAAAGAUUUGAAUUUUGUCAGUACGUUCAUCUCUGCUACUUUUACCGUCAGUUUGUGAUGGAUUUUACCAGUCUUGUGUUUAUUGUCAUGUAUUGUCAUAUAGUUUGUAAUCACAAGAAUAAACGCUAGGUUAAUAAUGACAUAUGGAAGAAAAAAAAAAAGUAGCAAAUAUGCAACUGCAAACACAUUUGAUAUUAUUCUUACUAUGUCAUAAAGAGGUUUGAUGCUUCUACAGCCUUCGGGUCACCUGCAACGCGUCUCUGUGCUGCACCCCGAAUUCAUCUUCACGCCCGAUUCAGGCAGAGUUUCGAGUAUGUUGAUUUGUUCCCCUACUCGCCGAUGACCCAAUCGAACCGCUCGUCAAUAUGCUGCAGGACACUGACGGAAAACGUGUAAAGACAAAAAAGAUAUUUUUGCAACUUUUUGUCCAAUACUGGCAACCAGCUUCUGUAUGAUAUUGUGUAACUUAUCAGUUUAUGAGCCACGUUGAAAUGAAUAAAGAAUCUAUCGAUCUGUAUGCCUGAACAGAGGGAUUAUUGUAGAUAAAUUAAAUUUUACUAAAUCCACAGUGA